CAUUGACCUUUGAAAACGUGACUUUCCUUUAUCUUCACCUCAGCAGCUACAAAAUCGACUCAUUUUUAAGGAUUAUUGACCUAAGAAGCUUCUCCCGUGUAAUCUGAAGAGGAGAUUUCAUUCAUUCAGGUCUAUAUAUGACUUCAUACCUUGCAAGAACACAAACCCUUAAAGAGGAAAAAGACUUGAGGAUGUUUCAUCCAAAGGAAAUGCAAUGUGAUAAACGUGACGAGGGUGAUGAGCAAUGUAAAUUGACAGAAGAACCUCUGGAGAAAAAAAAGAUCCGCAGUAAGGCUGAAGGGGAACACCCAGCCAAUGAGAACAGUAACAACAUCCUAACUUCCAACUACGAAAGUGAAGAGAACCUAGAAAACUCUCAUUCCGAAGACUUUAAAAUUGGUACUCAGAAAGAGAAGGAAGAGGGAUGUGGAUUAACAGACCAAUCCUGGGUGGAUGAUACAGACUGCACUCAACUCGAAGGUUCGCCUGAACUAUGCAGUGAGACUGAAGAGGAAACCCAUUCCCAUGAGGAAAAAGACAUUUCGUCUCCUGGUUUCAAUAACGAAGAGGAGUUUGAGGAUGAUGAAAAGGAUUGUAAUCAACUUGAGAGUGGAUCAAUUGUAUUUAAUGAGGGUCUUACCAGCGAAUCGUUGCAUAUCCGUAUGGCACUUCAUGUUCAGAGUAUCUUCAGCAAGUUAUGGAACGCUUUUUUCACCAUUUUGUAUCUGUUAACUAAAGGUGCAGGUAAAAACAAGGACGCCCAGACUAAACCCCCUCCUUAUGAUACAAAAGUCUCCAAACCAAGCGAUGGCCUGGUCGCCGACGUAUCUUUUGCCACACUUAAAGAUAUGGACGUCUAUAUUAAGAAGCUUGAAAGAAGAUUAGCUGACCUGGAGAAAAUGACCAAAGAAAUGGCCCAACUCGACUCGCGAUCGAAGGAAAUAAAUAAUCGCACAGAGAGGAUGGAAGAGAAGUUGACCCAACACGAUUUACAAUUGAUAGAAAUGGAAAAUAGUGCAAGGAAGAUGGAAAAUUAUGGGGAGAUAAUAAUGGUCCAACAAGAUUUGCAGUCCAAAGAAAUGGAAAAGUGGACAGAGAAGAUUGAGAGGAAAAUCUCCCAGUACGACUCACAAUUGCAAGAGAUAGAUAAUCGUGGAGAGAUGAUGAGGAAUAAAAUGGCCCAAAAAGAUGUGCAGUCCAAAGAAAUCAUUCAACGGGCAGAGAAGAUAAAGAGAAAUAUUGCCCAGCACGACUCACAAUUGCAAGAGAUAGAUAAUCAUGAGGAGAUGAUGAAGAAUAAAAUGGCCAAACAAGAUUCGCAGUCCAAAGAAAUCGUUAAACGGGCAGAGAAGAUAGAGAGAAAUAUUGCCCAGCACGACUCACAAUUGCAAGAGAUAGAUAAUCAUGAGGAGAUGAUGAAGAAUAAAAUGGCCAAACAAGAUUCGCAGUCCAAAGAAAUCGUUAAACGGGCAGAGAAGAUAGAGAGAAGUAUUGCCCGGCACGACUCGCAAUUGCAAGACAUGGAUAAUCGUGGUGAGAUAAUGAAGAAAAAAAUGGCCCAACAAGAUUUGCAGUCCAAAGAAAUGGGAAAGUGGGCAGAGAAGAUUGAGGGGAAAAUCUCCCUGCACGACUCGCAAUUGCAAGAGAUCGAUAAUCGUGGAGAGAUGAUGAAGGGUAAAAUGGCCCAACAAGAUUUGCGGUCCAAAGAAAUCGUCAAACGUGCAGAGAAGAUUGAGAGAAAUAUUACCCAGCACGAUUCGCAAUUACAAGAUAUGAAUAAUCGUGGAGAGAUGAUGAAGAAGGAAAUGGCCCAGCAAGAUUCCAAGUCCAAAGAAAUGGAUAAACGGGCAGAGGAGAUUGAGAGAAAUAUUGCCCAGCUCGACUGGCAAUUACAAGAUAUGAAUAAUCGUGCAGAGAAGCUGAAGAAGGAAAUGACCCACUACGAUUCGCAAUUGCAAGAGAUGGGUAACCGUUGUGAGUCAAUGCAGGAUAAAGUGGCCCAACAAGGUUCACAGUUUGAAGAAGCAAGUAAUCGUGUUGAGAGGAUGAAGAGGGUGCUGGCCCAACAAAUGGAUCACCUUAAAGAGAGGAUGGAGAAGGGAAUGCGAGAAGUAGGCGAAAUAGUUAACAACCAUUACGCCUUUAUCUGCAUUCAGGACCAGAAGACCGUCCAUCUUCAUAGUUACCUCAACAGAGUGUUACAACAGCACUUGAUCUACUGGCGAAAUGGUCAAACCCAAUUACGAAAUAGCUUAGAUUAUCUGAAUGCGCGAAUUGAUACCUUAUUCGCAAUGUCUCCAAGUACACCGGCUGAACUGUAAUGUUCUAGUCAUCUAGUGAGGCAUUUGCCACUAUCAUCAUGUAGGCUGAUGCUGCAUGCUACAUUGAUUUCGUUGUUUUUUAAAAUCAGUUUAAAAUUUUUGCAUGGCACAAACAGUGUGAGCCCUUUUUCUAAUAUUAUGAGAAUUCUUUGUUUUAGCUAAAACUUUAUAGUAUACUUAUAAAGGAAAAAAUGAAAAAUGUACAUAAAGAUGGUCAAGACACUCCAAGCAAUUUGAUCAACAGUGAUGGGUUUCCCAAUAGAUUCAUGUUAAAAAAUAAUUGAGUGGCUUAGGGGUUUUGAGGAGAGUUCUGAAAGUCAGAGGACUAUAGAUGCUUCCAGAAAACAACUGAAAAGACCUUAGCAGUAAAAUCAGGGCUUACUUACCACUUGCAACCAGCUCUCAAGGCUGGAACCAUCAGUACAUAAACAAAAUUUGCGCAAUGCAUGUUGCAUUGGAUACACACGCCACUUGAAAAAAAUAUCAUUGUGAUUUCCAAACAAAGUGUUUUAUGGCGAUUUCUUUAUUCUAAAAGCUACAUAACGAUAUAGAUAUCAGAAGUGACAUUGUUAAGAGACUCUAAUGAUUAUUGUAUUUGCUAUUGUUUUGAAAUUGUAUGCUAAAACUAGAUAAGGUAGUGUUUUAAACAAUAAUUGGAAUCAGCGAUUGUAGAUAAAGCGACUCUAAAAAGCGAGGAUGUUACAGCAUUGGAUUGUUAACUAGCUAUUGAAAAUAUGGAUUUGUUACAGCCUCUAUUCACAUGCAAGGUACAAGUCAGUGUCAUAGUUUUGGGCGAUAUGAAUGAGUGAACCUGCUUAACUAGGUUGUUCACUUGUUGUAACUGAAUAUGCCAAGUCAUUUAUAGACGAAGCAACUUCUGGAAGAGAAGACGCAAUAAUUAGUAUGUUAUAAACUACUAAAAUAAAAAGUGUUUGGGAACUACUAAAAUUAGGAAUGUUCCGACUAAGUGUUUAA